CGCUUGGUCGUGCCACGCGCAUCAUCGUUAUCCUCACCAUGCCUCGAGGAUUCUUGGUGAAGAGGAACCGGAGAUGUUCCGCGUCAUACCGGACAACAAACAAUAACAACAACAAACCUGUGAAACACUCUGAAGUGAGCAAACCGGAGGCAGUGGAGGAGAGAGAUUUGUUGAAUGAUUUUCUGUUUGAGCGGCCGGAUGGAGUGCUCCCGGUGCCCCGCGAGGACACCUCCGGUGUCCGCGAGGCUUGGAGCCCGCACGUGGAGUCCGCGCUGGAGGCGGAGGCGGACCGGCGCGCGCAGUUACCGGAGACAGAGGAGCAGGUGAGCGAGGUGGACGUUUUCACUCCCCACGGUGAUUUCUCCUCUUUCUUCACACCUCCUCCCGCACGCGACGCGACAUUCACCGAGACAUUCAGCCCCACGAGACUGCUGGAGCAGCGCGAGCUGGUGUUCCCCGGCAGACACCUGACUCUAUCUCCGGUGUCAGAGCUACCGGAGUUACCGUUCCUCGUGAGCUCAACGCCGACCCCCCUGUCCGCUUCCAUCGAGAGGCUCCUCGCGAGCAGCAGCCGCCACGCGCCAUCCUACGAUAAGUAUGACCCGAGUAUUGGACACGUGCACCUGAUGACCUCGGAGCAUCACGCCGCGAGAAAACGCUCGUUCCUUCAACCCGACCAGCGCGUGAACAGCAACAGACACAACAAACAGUCCGCGAGCGUCAAGAAACCCAAAGUGAACCGGAAACUGAAUUUUGAAGAUGAGGUCACGACCUCUCCGGUUCUGGGUCUGCGGAUUAAGAAGGAGAGUCCGGAGGUGGUGAGGAAGCAGCGGGAGGGGUUAGGGUUAGAGUUCAUCUGUCAGCUCUGUAAAGAGGAGUACCCAGACCCGAUCUGCCUCGCGCAGCACAAGUGCUCCCGCAUAGUGCGCGUGGAGUACAGGUGUCCCGAGUGCGACAAAGUUUUCAGCUGUCCCGCCAACCUGGCCUCCCACCGCCGCUGGCACAAACCUCGUCCCGUGAACACCCACGGAGAGACUCCCACGAGCAAAGGUCAGCCGCUGAAAGAGGCGCGUGGACUCGUGUCUCACGACAGGCAGCAGCUGUUUCCGGUAGAGGUGAUGGAGGGCAAAGAGAACGAGCUGCUGCUGCGCGUGAAUACAAACCAGCACCGCGGCACACCGGACAGCUCCCUGCUCCCCCGGGGUCGGUCCCGGGACAGCCCUGAAAGCGACAGUCUCGUGCCCCCUCACUAUGAUAACAUUCAUUACCGGAACCCGGAUGAGAACUGUUUGGACCUUCAGCCCCCCUCCUCGAGCCUCCUUCUAAUAAACGGCAACCCAGACGAGCGCGCGGACCUUCCCCAUCAGCAUCCACAGUCUCUCCCUCACCCCCCUCUCACCCCCCUCUCACCCCCCUCUCGACCCCCCGUGUCGUUUGUCCAGUCGUUACCGGAGGAGGAAGUGUACGAGUGCCAGUACUGCGGCAAGAAAUUCCGCCGACAAGCUUACCUGAAGAAACACCUGGCUGCGCACGAGAUGACAGCGCGCGCCUCGCCCCCUCCAUCAUCUUACCGCCACGCGCGGGACACCAGUGGUGGCCAGGUGUUCCUGUGUCACCUGUGCGGCGCGCGCUUCCCCUCGGUUGAAAUCAGGGACAAGCACCGUUUGUGGCACGCGAUGAGGGACGAGUUAGUGGCGGGAGUUUUGGGAGGAGGACUCAGACCGGACGUCUUCCACGCGCAAGGAGAAGAGAGCGCCGCGAGGGAGUGCGAGCAGCAGCAGAUCUUCACGUGCAAGCACUGUCCGUCCACGUUCUUCAGCUCACCUGGGCUCGUGAGACACACCAACAAAUGUCACCCUGCGGAGAACCGGCAGGUGAUGCUCCUGCAGAUGACCGUGCGUCCUUAAAAAUCACAACUUAUUCAUUAUUCUGUGUUCUUAAUCGGGUAAAUAUUCGAGCAUUAUGUUGUAAAUUCAGUCUUCAACAUGUUCGUUCAGUUAGGUUAAAAGUUAUCUGUGUUCAAGGAUCCGCCAACCCUAAUUCUCUAAAGAUGGAGUCCUUUAGUCAUAAAGUUCAGUACAAGAACGUUCUAGCAUACAAGAACGAUGCAAAUAUCAUCUAUGGUCAUGACAAAAGAAUCCUAAAACAAAUGUAUAUUUGUGUUUCGGUACAUACGGGCAGUUAAAGGUGAGCUGUCCGUGGUGCUGAAACUAAAUCAAACUGGUCCACGGUUCACCAUCGGACUUCUCUGUUGUUCAUACAAUUCUAACAGGCCUGAUUAUAUUCUCAAUACUUCAGUAAUGAGUGAAACAUAUUUAUUUUCUUUUUUUUCUAGUAAAGUGGACAUUGUCAUUGUCAAUCAAUACGUAGCCAGGCCAUUAGACUGUUCGAUAUGUUGAAACUUGAAACAGAUAAUGACGUUAUUAAACCCUUAUUCAAAGAGGCAAUCGUUUUCUGAAAUACGUUAGUUAAACAUUAUUUUAUUAUUAUUUUUAAAGAUCAGCAAAACAAACCUUAAGACAUUUUUUUUGUAUUUCUGUCUGUAUUUGGACAAUUCAAUCUUGAUGAGCUUACAUUAAAGGAGUUUGUCUGAAAGAGAAAAUUUGACAUGGAUAUUAUUAUACUCAAGCAAUGAAUGACAAUGUUGUCUUUAAUUCUCAAUAUCUCUGAGACAAAAUAACAAGAUUAUAGAGAAGUGUGAGAAAAUUUAAAGUAUGUUACAUGACUAACUGGCACAAUGUGUAUUAACCUGAAAUGAUAUAAAUAAAAGUGACCUUCCUUACCCCGAGAACUGGAGACAUCAUUAAUGUCCAAGACAAUUUCAUGUACAGUAAGAAAAAAGACCAUAAUAUGCCUUUAAGAGAACAUUUGCCAGUAAACCUCUCAUCCAUAAAAUAUUUUCAUACAAAAAAUGGAAACUUUAAUGUGAGUACUGUAAGGAAAUGUCUUUUGUCUUAUUGAUUAUAAACUAAUAAAAAAUAAUGACUAAAUGCCUUCAUGCUUAUAAUGUAACUGUGGUUCUGUAAAGCCUGUACACUACUAUUUUCAUAUGUUUGAAGUUCAAUGUGAAUUUGAAUAAAAAUUGUCAAUAAAUGUUAAUACAGUAUGCUCAAUGAG